AUGGACCCCGCUAAGAAGAAGGUAGUUGUCAUUGGUGCUGGCGUUGGAGGUGUAGCAGUGGCAGCUAGACUAGCACAAGCUGGUGUGAAUGUGUCAUUGUAUGAGAAGAACAACUUUCUGGGAGGCAAAUGUAGUAGCAUCAAUCGAAAUGGAUACCGUUUCGACCGCGGUCCAUCCAUCAUGUUGAUGACAGAAAUCUUCGAGGAAACAUUCCAGCACCUUGGUACAUCCAUGGAUGACAUGAAUAUUGAGCUUCUGAAGUGCGAGCCGAAUUGUAUUACCUGGCUUCAUGAUGGGGAGUCAUUCACAACCUCGACUGACUUGGCUAAGAUGAAGAAUCAAAUCGAGAAAUUCGAGGGAAACAGCGGAUUCCACCGAUUCUUGGAUUUUUUGCAAGAGGCUCAAAGGCAUUAUGAGAAGAGCUUAAUCCACGUGUUGAAGAAGGACUUCCCGCGAUUAUUAUCUUUGCUCAGGCCAGCGUUUCUACCUUACGUGUUUCAACUCCAUCCCUUUCAAAACGUCUGGGGGAGGGCAUCGCACUUUUUUAAAUCUCACUCCAUACGCCAGGUGUUUACUGCCGCGACAAUGUAUCUCGGCAUGUCGCCUUUGGAUACACCAGGGACAUACACCCUUCUCCAAUAUUCAGAGCUAGCUGGGGGUGUUUGGUAUCCCCGAGGGGGUUUUUAUCGAAUCGUUGAGGCUUUGGUCAAUAUUGGAUUAAGACUAGGUGCCGACUAUCACCUCUCAGUUCCAGUAGAAAGAGUGAAUAUUUCCGAAGGGAAAGUUCAAGGCAUUUCGCUCGCGUCAAGCGAGGUAGCAGCAGAUGCUGUCAUUAUCAACGCUGAUCUUUCUUACGCUUAUAAAGAGCUUCUUCCUUCACUUACGCCGCAAGCGGGAAAGAAUAAACAACUCUCUUGCAGUAGCAUCUCAUUCUACUGGUCCCUAUCCAAAAAGGUGUUGCAGCUAGAAACCCACAAUAUGUUUCUCGACAAAAGUUACGGCCAGAAUUUCUAUACCCCUGGAUUGCAAAUGCAUGGAACUAUUCGGCCCUCCUUCUAUAUACAUGUACCGUCGCGCAUCGAUCCUUCGGCCGCACCACCAGGCAAGGAUGCACUAAUAGUUCUUGUUUUGGUCGAAAAUCUGGGCGAUACAAACCCAAGUGACAGGCAAGCAAAACAAGACAUGGAAAAAUUAGUGAACGAAGUGCGCAACUAUGUGAUAUCGACAAUUGAGAAACGAACAGGUGCUGUCGGAGUCCAAGGCUUCAUCGAAGAUGAGAUUAUCAAUACACCAUUUACUUGGCAGGAUACAUUCAAUUCGGAGAAAGGUGCGAUAUUUGGCAUUGAUCACAGCUUCUUCAAUAUCCUCGCAUUUCGACCAAAGAUUAAACAUGACCGUCUUCAGGGUGUGUACUUUGUCGGUGCCAGUACCCACCCUGGAGCUGGAGUGCCCGCUAGUCUAGCGGGCGCAAGGCUCACUGCAGAAAGGGUACUCGAAGACCUUCAUAUUUCUGUACCUUGGAAUAUCGCGACAUUCAAGUACUUACUGUUUGUCAGUCAUUUGAUAUGGACCAUCCCUCCAGCUGUCUUGAUGACAGCAGCUUAUUGGCCUUUUCUCAUCAAGGUCGAACUCUACAAGAUAACAACCUUGAUUGCUAUUGCAGUUCUAUUCACCAUACCUUGGGACUCAUAUCUUAUCCGCAACCGUAUCUGGACCUAUCCAACAGAUGCAGUCGUUGGCCUCACCCUUCUGGAUAUACCACUCGAGGAGGUAUUUUUCUUCGUCAUCCAGACUUACUGUACAAGUUUGCUCUAUGUCAUUCUAACAAAGCACUUGGUACUUCCGGUAUAUCUGUUGCCAAGAGCGAGUAGUGCCAAAAAGUUGGGAUCAUUGCUUCUCUUUCCCGGGAUUGCAGUGGGCGCUUUAUGCUCAGUUCUGGAAACUAAAGUUACUUACCUGGGCCUCAUAAUUGCAUGGUCACUCCCCGUGAUAGCUUUGCAAUGGGUUCUUUGUAGUGACUUUUUGUUGAAUAUGCCAAAGAGACCCAUCGCUAUCUCUAUCAUAUUGCCUACUCUAUACCUUUGGAUUGUGGAUUUCUUUGCUCUCCAGCGUGGAACGUGGGUGAUUGAACAGGAAACAAAAAUCGGAAUUCAAUUUUUCGGAUUCCUUGAAUUGGAAGAAGGUAUAUUCUUCUUUGUAAGUAACAUUAUGGUCGUUCUAGGCCUGGUCACAGUAGACCACGCCCUCGCAAUUGCAGAAUACGACGCAAUGAUUUCAGAGCCAGAUGAAAAGAACCCACGUUCAUUCAGCCGAAUAGCAUGGUCAUACCUCACAACCCAAAGAUCGUUUGACAUUCGCUUCCUCGAAGGUUUAGGAACAGCCAUCGACAAGCUCGCCCAGAAAAGUCAAAGUAUGUACCUGGGUAGCGCAAUGUUUCAGGGCAGGCUUCGCACUGAUCUAAUACUUCUAUAUUCCUUCUGCCGGGUCAUAGACGACCUAGUGGAUGAAGCACCCAAUCAAGAAGCAGCCCGAGCAAGUAUACAAGAAGCUUCUUCACUUCUACAUUGGCAUUUCUCAGUGAAGCACCCAAAAAAGCCCCUUUACGACUAUCUAGAAACAGAAGAAACAAAAUUAGCUGACUCGCCUUUGCUCUCUUCGAUUGUCCUCCUCCCGGCCUCCCGUUUAACCCUAUCUCCCAUUUUGGAACUUCUUUCUGGCUUCGAAAUGGACCUUCAAUUCCCUGUUUCUUCCCCUAUAUCAACAGAGAAAGACCUGGAGCUCUACGCCCACCGCGUCGCAGGCACUGUCGCAGCUUCUCUUCUGGAACUGGUCUUCUGCAAUUAUGAGCUGGAAGUUGAUCACCGAAUCAUCAACGCAGGCCAGUUAACAGGUCAGGCAUUACAGUUUGUCAACAUUGCCCGUGAUAUCAAGCGAGAUGCUGCAAUUGAUCGCGUUUACAUCCCGACUUCAUGGCUAGCAGAAGAAGGAAUGGGACCAAGUGAUGUGCUCGCCAAUCCGGAUGAUUCUCGUCUUGCCAGGCUUGAAGAGCGCAUGCUACGCAAGGCAUAUAGCGUGUAUGAUAAAAGUGUCGGCGCUAGUAAUGAGCUGCCAAUCCAGGCACGGCGGCCUGUUCGGACUACUAUUGAGAGCUAUAUGAUGAUUGGUGAGAUGGUUAGGAGAAGACGGAGAGCUGGUGUUAUAGCGAAUGGGAAAUUGAAGGUUCCGCUAUGGAGGAGGUUGAGACUUGCUUGGUGGGAGAUGGCUGUUGGAAGAUAG